CAAAAGCCAAAGCAGCGACAGCCCACACGACAUACGAAGGCCCUCUGAAACCUACCACCGUCACUAGGACCUACUGCAUCGCAUCCCGAGGUCCAGUCCCAGUCCGUCCGCCCGCCAACCAAGCCGCCGCCGCAAGCUCUCACCGCGCAGACUGCACGGCCGAGGCCCAUCUCUUUUUCCGUCCAGCCCCGCACAACGACCUCGAUCUCGCGCGAUCGUGCCUCGUCGCUCGCCAACGACCGACGCCGACCCUCCUCCCCUAGGUAGCUAGCUCGCGGCUCUGGGUCGUAACAGCUCCCUUCAUAAGCUCGGCGGCCUUUGAUCACGGGUACACCUCCCCCCUGCUUCCUGGCCGAGCCCUCGUGAUCCAAUCUACGGACCGAACUACGCGUACACGACCUCAUCUCGGUGCGCUGGGUGGGCUUCAAACAAGACUACUACAUCAAUCACCUUCCCCCCUCGCCCCUUCCUUCCCCUUUUCCCACCAUGCCCUCGCUCUUUUCGACGCGCCGCUCCGAGUCGCCGGCACCAGGAUCACGCAUCACUCGUGAAAGACGCGCUUCAAGACGUGAAUCGUCCACCAGCGUCGACACGGUCGACUUUCAGAGCAGACUCCGCAACCUCAUCGGCGAAGGAGGCAGCAAGAACCUCUUCCGCAAGCGCUCGAGCGACCUGCUGCGCGCGUCUUCUCCAUCAGCCAACAGCAUGCGUUCAAUGUCGCGCGGUAGCACCCGCACAGCCGUCUUCUCAGAAACCGACAUGGAGGCUUCUGACGCAGAGACGGACGAGGCGGUGGCGACCUCGCCAGGAGCGGGACCGACAACAACGACGCGCAUCAAGAUCCCCCUGUCGCAGGACCCAGAGGAGGCCAUGGCUGCAGCAUUCGUGAUGGGCCCCGCCUCGCUUGCACCGUUCUUGGAAACCGAAGCCCCAGCACGGGCAUCGACUGACGAGACGGCCAAGGAGAAGACAGAAGAGCCGGCUCCCGCAGUGCGCCCCGCGUACGCAGCAUCCAUCAUCUCUCAGGAUGGACGGCGGCCAUCCACGGCCACCACGGCCUCGUUCGUGUCCACGUCUGAAGGACUCCCGCGUCACCCUUCCAAGGCGUCGCUCGUGCUCCAGUCACCGCCUAUGCCUCUUCCGAUCGCCAACCUUCCGAUGCUCACGCCAAUCUCUACACAACCGCCAGAAUGGGGUACUCUUGCUCGCGAAGGUGGCCCCAAGUCGCCUGCCCUGUCCCGCGCAAACUCUCGCUCUUCGCUCCACGGCGUCUUCCCCUUCUUCACUCCCAUGACUUCGAGCCCGACCACUGCCACGAGUCGCCCGACCCCGAGUCGCGAGCUGACCGACAAGGAGAUCCGAAAAGCAACCCGCGCAAUGCCUGUCAUGAUGCGCAUGCCCACGUCGCGUGGCGAUGACGACGACGAAGACGAUGGCGGCGAUGCAGAGGAGGAUGACGAGGACGACGCGGACACCUCGUCACAGGACAGUCCCCCCCUUCCAGCCCAGGAAGACGACCACAUCUCCUUCACAGCCAAGGGCAAGGCACCAGCAGCCGGGACCAUGACACCAGUUGCCGAAGAGACACCUGGAUCCUCGACACCGUCGAGCAUUGCCGAUCGCCGGCAUACGCAGCCCAUGACCGUGGACGAGAUUCGGGCCGCAGCUGCCUCGAGCAACCUUGUCCUCGGAUCGACCUCUGCAAAGUCGGUGUGGAACCUCGCAACGCCACGUCCAGACUACUCGGCCUCGGCCGGCGAGUGGGCCACGUUUGCCGAGUCGCCAUUGAAGACGGCCACCAUCUCGUCGUCCGAGGCCGUUGGCGCGGCCAAUGCUCGCAUUCCGGGCUACUUUGACUCGUUUGUUGCGUCAAGCAGCCGGACCCCGACCGAGUCUGCGGUCGAAGCGACCCCUCGUGCUUCGGACCUUCAGCGGCCCGUGGCCACUCCUCGCAAGCGAAGCGGAGGCGGCCAGGUCCGACCCGCUCGCUCAGACCCAGCGCUUCGCUCGAGCCCCGUCGAGGAGGAGGAGGACAGCGAAGCCUCCUCGGAUGUGACCUCUGACGACGAGGCUUCGGGCUCUGCCUCUGGCUCAUCCACUGCUGCUCACUCGCCUUCUGCGACCCCGACCACCCCCGAAACCACCACUGCUGCGGCCCGGCCCUCGUUCUACACGCGCCCGUCGCAGUCCAUGGUCAACCUGUCUCACCGGCAGCCGGCCAGUGAGCGGCCGGAAUCGACGGUCAGCCAUGACGAGGAGGCUUCGGGCAUCUCGGUGACGUCGUCCCCACCCGAGUCGGUGAUCUACACACCUCCUACGCCGAACGCUCCCCUCCGCGGCCAGUCUGCGCCCCCUCCUCUCAAGCGCAGAUCGUCGCUCGAGGAUGUGCCUCCACCAAAGUACCAGCCCUUGGCCUUUUACGACGGACCGGUUCCCAAGCCCCGUGAAGAAGAGGGCCGCGAGCGCCUGCCUCCGUACUGGUGCGGCGUGCACAUCGAGGGCACUCUGGCACGCAAGAUGGAGUUCAACGCCCCUGGUGUCCAGGCCAAGGACCGCUCGUGGAAGAAGCACUACUUUGUGCUCCACGGUACGGCGCUUUACGUGUACAAAUUUGAUCCGACAAAGGUGCCUCUGCGCGCGGGCGAGGUCUACUUGACGGCUUCGACCGACGAGGUGGAGUCGAACCUCCACGUGCACCUCCCGCCUGACCGCGUACUCCAGGAGCGCCGGGCGUCCAUGAGCACGACUUCGCCGACGACGGCAACGUCGCCCGGACGUACUGCCAGCCCCGGUGGUCGCCGCGGCACCAGCACCAGCAUCGACUCGACGCUGGCGCGUGGUGUUGCGCUUCAGGCUCGCCGCCUCACCAACGGUUCCCAGACUCGACCCAGCACCGAGUCUGACGGCCCCGACGCCAAGGACAUUCACCUCUUCACGCACAAGAAUCGCCGCCAGUCGUCUGGAGCCGAGUCUGUGGCGUCGUCGACCGCGUCUGCGCCGAUCGCCGCGCACCUGCCAUUUGCGCACAACCAGCUCGUGCACGUGUACUCACUUCACAAUGCCGAGAGUGGUCUUGCUGCCGACUACAAGAAGCGCUUGCACUGCGUCCGUGUUCGUUCCGAGGGCCAGCAGUUUAUGCUGCAGACCGAGUCGGCUCGGCAGUGUGUGCAGUGGAUCGAGGCUUUCCAGGCGGCGACCAACGUGGCAAUGGACCUUGACGUGCGGCCGAUGCCGAUCCAGCAGACGCUGCCUCGUCGCCGCCGUCGCAGGAACGCCGCGACGACUGCCGCUGCUGCAGCUGCGACUGCCGCCAACGGCGGUUCUGUCCCGGAGCCCGACACGCCGGAAGGCAACGCCGCCCUUGUGGCAGCAGCCGAACGCCGCGACCGCGAGCGAGACCGGAUGCUUGCCGAAGACCAGGCGGCGCAUCACGCCAACACGGCCAUCAUGUCGUAGGGAAGAUUGAGGGGAAGCGGGGGUGAGGAGUGCGUGUAGGAGAGAGAGAUAGAAGAGACGAGGGAGGUCUCGAUCUCAAGACGCCCAGCGAUAAGGGCGCGCGCUGUACGACGCCACUUGGGGGCUCGAGCCCGAUGGUGCAACAUGUCGCUGUGCUAUCCAUUGGCGAUAGCAUUGCACGCGCAUCAGUACUACCACUUCAUUGCCACUAUAGUUACACUUGUAUUUUCAUGCACACUAGACAUCAUCAUCGUGAA